UUAACAUAGCCACAAAUUUCACUCAACAGCCUUAUUAAUAGCUCAUUAUUGUUGCGCCUUUGCUAAAAUGAACUUUAACAACAUCUCUCACUAGAAAAGGAUUAUUGUAACCUACUUAAAAUUAACAGAGAAAAGCCUGAUCCAUUUCCCCCCACUCAAACAACAGGAAAAAUCUUCUAACAUCUUAAAUAGCCUGAAAGUUUAGUUAGACAAUAAAAGCAACGUAGUUAUUUUUAGAUCUCUACGGGCAUAAAAAUACAGCACUAAACUGUGACCUACAGCUAUGCACAGCCAAGCAUCACAUCAUGCGACAGUCUUAACUUAAGCUAGGAGCACAUCUGUAGCUGCUUCAGACUAUCAUUAUUCAUCUCGCUACCAAUAUCUUUGGAUGGAUUUAGCAACAAACAUCUGAAAUUGUUACCAUCUUUUUUGUUUUAAUUGCUGCUAUAGGUGGAACUCAAUUCAAAAGCAGUGACAACAGCCUGGAAACAAGAUAUGCUGGAAUAAACAACCUGCAACUCAAGAAGACUCAUUUACAACACAGACAAGCACAAAGCUUAAAAAUGCCACUUUUUGGCUGGAUGAAAUGGCCCAAAAACUAUUCCUACAAACCUACACAAUACCCUGGCUCAGAAGUAGUGACAAAGACCCUGCUGAGGGAAUUGAAAUGGCACCUGAAAGAGCGUGAAAGAUUAGUGCAAGAAAUCGAAAAUGAACAAAGAGUCCAGAAAACCAGCGUGGAUUACAACUGGCUGAAGAACUAUCAAAAUCCUCAAGCCACAAUCCCAGCUACUGAACAAAGGCAGCUUGAAGCUCUUUGCUCCCAAAUUCAACCUUGUCAAACUGGAACUGUCCUCAGCAGAUUUCGUGAAGUUUUGGCAGAAAAUGAUGUCUUACCAUGGGAAAUAGUCUACAUAUUCAAGCAAGUGUUAAAAGAUUUUCUAACUACUAUUGAGAGAGAAAACCAACAAGAGCAACUAGUAGAUGUAUGGAAUACAAAUUGUUCUGUACACAUUACUGCAUCUAGCGACAGCUCUAACAAAUCGGACAAAGAUGAAAUCCCAACAGUUUCAAGUUAUGUUGACAAAAACACACAAAGCAUGUUUCCUACUUUCUCCCAUAGAAUCUGGAACCUACCACAUUAUUACCCAACAAGUUAAGUUUUUUCUUCAGCCAGUUCUCAGUUCUCUUCCAGUCUAGAGACAUAUAGAAAUAAGAAAUAUAACAUUCUCCUCUUUAUUGCAAGGUCUGAAUUUUAAAUCCCUCAUUAUAGUCUACAUAUAUUUUACAAAUCUGAAAGAAUUAGAAUAAUCCCAUUUUUACCAUUCUUAUUCCCGCAACGAUAUUGUGUUUAUGGGAACCUUUUCACCAAAAAUGUACCUAAACUUUUAUAAAAAGUGUUGAAACAAUCCUGUUUUCUUACCAUACUUACAGCAUGUACUAUAACAAGCUCAAGUUGUUUUCCAUAUUUUGGAAUAUGAUCACUGUGCAAUGUGUUAGCAGGGACUUCUACUUUGUGAUCUACAUAUAGUUUUUUAGCUUCUAAAGGAAACUUAUAGUGUGAGAUGGAUGCUUUAAAAUAGUAAACAAUUUAUAUUCAACGUAACUGAGAAAAAUUUUUAACUGAACUACUAUUUAACAAAUUCAAGAACCUGUGAAAGGGAAAAAGUCUAAUAAAGGUAUAACAUACAGUACAAAUGGUUAGUUUUCUGAACUGUGCUCUGCAUAGGCUGCAACACUAUGACGCUAAUGAAGUGAAUGAAAACAAUCUGGAUAUUUACCUCAUUUUAAUGGUUCAUUCUCUCUCCUUGAAGAUAUCCAACAACAGCGUUUCAUUACCUUCACCUCUUGCCUUUUACUGGGAGAAAUUAUCCUGCAACCCAGAUUCUGAACUAGCUCUCAAUGCUUUGGUAUCUUACAGUAUCGGGUUUUGUAGAACGAUAAACAAGUCAAGCAUUAUUCUGGGAGGAUAUAGGUUACUUGGUUAUUUAAAAUUAAAAAGUAUAAACAUUUUGA